UAAAUACUGAAAUAGGUUCUUAGCUCUCCCUCUUCUCUCUUUCUCUGUGUCUCAAACCCAAAGAACACGGAGUUGGCGGCGACCCUUUCUCUCUCUAAUUUCAAUCAUGGCAGCUGUUGCUCCUACUUCUGACAAAACUGCAGAUUUAUUGCAAAAUUUGACCCUGGAUUCUGAGCCAAAAGCCAUUGGAGUUACUGAGCCCGCAAAGAAGGAUGGACCUGGUUUUUCCAAGGGUGCUGCCAAAGGGAUGGGCAAGCCGUUCAAUCCAAAUUCAAGCUUUGUUCCAAAUGGAUACCCUUCUGCAUACUAUUAUGGAGGUUAUGAUGGGCAAGGUGAUUGGAAUGUUUAUUCCAGAUAUAUGAACCUUGAUGGGGGCAUGACUCAGGGUGUUUAUGGAGACAACUGCUCGUAUAUGUAUCAUAAUGGUUAUGGUUAUACACCAUAUGGAACAUAUGCACCGGCCAAUUCUUCUUCUCCAAUGAUUCAGCAAGAUGGUCAGCAUUAUGCGCUGCAACAGUACCAAUAUCCAUGUUCUUAUUACAAAUCUCCAGCUUCUGCUGACGUGUCAUUUACACCAAACAAUAUCACUGCUACACAAGAAGAAAUAUCAACUGCAAUGGAUGCUCAUCAUGUUGCUUCAUUAAAUGUUAUGAAUAAAGGAAACACCGUUAACAUGGCCAAUAGUGAUUUUACAAAUAAAAAUGGGUUAAAGUCAUUUUUAACGGGUUCCCAGCAUACAACAUUGCAUUCAAAUGAUUCUUAUCAAGGGACUAGCUUGCCACCUUAUGCCCCUUUGUCAGGAUAUCAAGGCCCUAGAAUGAGUACCCAUGCUACACAAUUGCCAGUCCCAUCAGAUAUGUCCUUAGUAUCUGAUAGACAGUCCAAACGUGGAGCCAAGGUUGGUUUAUCUUCAUCAAUGGCCCCUGUCAAAGAUUUAUCUUCUCAAAGGAAUCAAGGACUUCUUCAGCAACUUCCACCUUUUCCGAACUUGAAUGGUUCCAGACAUCCAUCUGGACUUGAACUGGUUUCUGGAUUCAUGAACGGGAUGUAUCCAAGCAACAGGAUGUACAGCCAAUUUGGGAACACAUUUAGGGCUAAUUCUCGUUUUGGAUCUGCUGCAUAUGGAUCUAGAAUGGGCUCAGUUGAUUACAAGCGUCAUGCCACAGGUGACGGGAAUGGUUUUAAAAAAAGUAUGGAAGGUUUCAGUGAGCUAAACAAGGGACCAAGAGCUGCCAAAAGUUCUGAUAAUAAAAAUAACAAGAGUCUUGGACCUGUUACAUUACUACUGAAAGGACAGAACCUUCCAGUGAAGAGCGAUAACAAAGAAGUUCUUUUAGCAUCCAAUAAGGAACAAUACAAUGGGAAAGAAUUUUCAGAGAAUUAUUCUGAUGCCAAGUUUUUUGUCAUCAAAUCCUAUAGUGAGGAUGAUAUUCAUAAAAGCAUUAAGUAUAGUGUUUGGGCAAGUACUCCUAAUGGCAAUAAAAAACUUGAUGCGGCAUAUCAAGAAGCGAAGGGAAAGACUGGUGGCUGUCCCAUAUUUUUGUUAUUUUCGGUCAACACCAGUGGGCAAUUUGUUGGUUUAGCAGAGAUGUUGGGUCCUGUUGAUUUUGGUAAAAGUGUAGAUUAUUGGCAGCAGGACAGGUGGACUGGUUGCUUUUCUGUGAAGUGGCAUGUCAUAAAGGAUAUUCCAAAUAGCGCAUUGAGGCAUAUAACACUAGAAAACAAUGAAAACAAACCUGUAACAAAUAGCAGGGAUACUCAGGAGGUUAAGCUUGAGAAGGGAGUUCAAGUUGUGAAAGUUUUCAAGGAGCAUUCAAGCCAAACAUGCAUCUUGGAUGAUUUUGAGUUUUAUGAGGCUCGUGAAAAGGCAAAUCAGGAGAAAAAAUCUAAGGAGCAGCAGUUCCCAAAACAGAUCAGCAAACCCAGUGAUUUAACAAUUGGGACAGUCACAUUACUGAAGUCUCUAGAUGCUACCUUGAUGAAGGAAGCUGCUACUGCAAAUACAGCAGAAGAAAGAAUGAAUUCAGAGGGGCCCCUAGAAGGAGGAGAUGGAUCUACCACAGCACCUGAAGACUCUUCCAAGAGCUGUUAAACCAGUGAUAGUGAUUCCGUGAUUUUUGUUUGUUUUUUGUUUUGUUUUUUACUCAUUUUCUUAGUGAUAGUAGUGAGUGGUGGUGUUUGUAGUUUCAAAAUCUCUUUGAUUAUGUGAUCUUGGUCUGGAGUGGAGUAUCUGAUUUCAGCUUCUUUUAUCUCGUUUAAUAAAACGUGCUUGCUUCGCCAGUC